AUGCGCAACUCAAUCGCCCUCAGCUCGGGCCUGGCCCGCCUCUCGACCCCUCAAACCCCCCGUCGAUCGUUCGUAACCACCGCCGCAAAGAGUCUCGCCGCCGCUACUUCAUGUCCAGCAUCUGCGCCGCCGCUGAAUCCGCGAUGGCUUUCUGAGCUGCAGUCGCGCAUCAAGCGGUGCGCCGGACUCGACCUCAGCGGGCAGCAGAAGGAGGAGCUGACGGCUCUGCGGAAGGCUGUCGAUGGGCAGUGGUUGGAGUUGCUCGCUGGACGGGAGGGAUUCCUCACGGGACCUGGGAUGCAAUGCUCGCUCCCCGAAGACACCAUGAAUCUCAAUCUCACAUCCAUAGGUCAUGUAAACAAUGUCGUUUACAACAAGUACGCCGAGUCGGCGCGGGUCAACUGGCUUCGUAACUUUGCGACGACGGUGGAUCCUGAGCACAAGCAUGAGUGGGACCAGCUCAUGAGCCCGAAGGGCAUUGGCCUCAUCAUGAGAAGCAUCAAGACGGACUACAAGUUUGUAAGUGUCACUCUUAUCAACUUGAACCAACAGGCAUUUGAGGUCGCUAUAUCCUUUAGUGCCACAGCGAUUGAGUCAGAAAUACCUGAAUCGCCCACACUGACAAACCUCCUCAAUUUGAAGCCAAUGGCCUACCCAGACCACGUGACGGUCCUCCAUAAGCUCGCUUCCAAGCCGACAUAUGAAUCAGACUUCAUCCUACUCGAGGCCCUUCUUAUCUCCGACGGUCACCGCCGCCCUGCCGCCCGCUGCUUCGAGGAUAUUGUGGUCUACGACUACAAGACCGCUAAGAGGGCGCCGCUGAAGCCCUUCAUGGUCGACCGGCUACGGGAGACGUACGAGGCGCAAGAGCAGAGCAAAAUUGACUGCGAGAAAAAGAUAAAGGGUCUCGUCGACAUUGUCGAGCGUCUCGAGAAGGCUGCGUAA